AUGAAGAAUUUACAAUACACAGAUGUGGACACCUCUGCAGAAGUCUUCCUUCUAUGGCCCAAAGGAUAUACUCAGUGGAAAAAGGUCAAAGUGGUUUCCACUAAACCCCGUUUUCAAGUGCCUGUCUACAUUGAGAAUGAGCAGUCCCUGACAAUCCUUUAUAACUACAUGAAAGGAGUUCUUAAUAAAACCCAAACGCAGCUGACCUACAAUGAUGAGGUGGAGUUCAUUUGUGGAUGUCUCCUCCCAGAGGCCAUCAUUCAAGGCCUUUGCGAGCUGCAGGGCUUGUCUUGGCGGGAGGCUGAAGAGAUGUUCCUCAAGGGCCCCACUUAUCACUCAAGUGAAGUUGAGGAAUUUGACAGAAGAAUUGCUCAAGAAAUGAAAAAUCUCCCCAACAAGAAUCUCGAUGACUUGUAGGACCUCAUGAAAAAGAAUACAAAAAUAAAGUUUGG